AUGGCUUCAAGUCGGAAGUUAGAGCGACAGGAUGUCUCGUGGUAUUGUUGCCGUUGUCCUCACGGAGAGAUGCCCGAAAAGCUUGUCGAUGGGUGUGUAGAAUGUGGUCAUAUGAAAUGUGCCUCUUGUGGGAGGGAGCCGGAGCAUCAUAUAUGGCCCCCGAAAGUCGGCGGGGAUGAGGCUCUGCAUGGGACCCAUCAAUGGAUCAGCGAAUCCUCAACUCGUAUGGGGGAUACAACUGUUGCCGAACCUUUCUUGAGCCUCUCACCUCCCAGCAAAAGAGCCUCAAUAGGCACUUUUGACUCGGUAGCUCAGACCCAUCCAAGCCAGAGUGAAGUCACCUCCGAAAUUUGGCGUAAUCCAGAACCGGAUCAAAGUUAUGAGGGCGGCGAAUCAACACCCCGUACCAGUUCCCCAGAUUCUCUUGCUCCGUUUGAUAGUAUCUUAGAUGCUAACAGGGAUGCGGGUCCAACUGUCUCCUUGUUCAAACACCAGGGCACUUCCGACUUUCAAUACUACUUUCCAGGUCACACCAACACAGUUCCAACAUUAGAUCAGCCCUAUCCAGACGUGGGAAAUAUACCCGAGGAAAAGUGGCCCAAUGAAAAAGGCGCGUGUCAAUUCGAAUCCCAAAGUUGGGAUACAUCUCGCAACUAUAUAUCUUCCCUUGAGCCUCCUUCUAUGGCAGUUGAGCCCACCUGUGUCUCUCACAGUAAUCAGCAACCCGCUCUUUGGACAGACUAUUCAUCCAUUACUCAAUAUCCAAUCCACUCGCUUCAAAUACCAAGCAUUGGAGAUUUAUCGCAUCCUGAUGAAAUGCCCUCAGCACAAUAUUCUUCGUUGCCCGGACCUGCAUACUAUGAAACGGGACACCGCCAUCAAGCAACAAACAAGAGAAAGCUCUCCCAAGACGAUAAUGAAAUAAAACAUACGGACAGAGUCGCUGGAGCUUGCAAAAUAUGUUUACCGACUACUAAACUCAAUAGGGGUGGGCCUCUUGCGUGUUAUUUCUAUAAGCGCAACCCAAGCGGUCAUCCAGGUUGCCGUCAUAAAGAAUUUCAAGAAAUUCGCACCUUGGUGCAGCACCUAAAAAGUGCUCACAAGUUACGAGAGCAUCAUUGUAGGAGCUGCUGGGAAUCAUUUAAGGACCGUGAAUCAUUGGAAGCUCAUUCGAAUUGCCAAGGGGCGGGCGGUAGGCCUGUUGAUGAACUGCCCCCCAUUCCCAAGCAUAGGGGGGACCCUAAGAAGAAGUGGUACUAUAUUUGGAAGAAGUUAUACGGCGAAGACACCCCGCCGACGUGCCCGCAUCCUCAUCCUGAACAUGACCUCUUCGACCCAUUCUUCCAAUACCUGGUAGAGAGAGAGGUUACGUAUGUUCCCCAACUGAGAGAGUUCUUCUCACAAUGGGUUUCGGACACGGGCGCCGGCUAA